AUGUCAACAAACCACACGACCUUUUCGGGCCCGCGCGACUGGAAGGACUGGUCCAAGGCCUUCAGGACCCAGGCGUGGGCCUUCGGGGUCUGGAUGUACGUCGACCCUGCAGUUGCAGAGCCACCCGCAGCCCCGACUGCCGUGACCCUCCCCGAUGUCACCACAUACCCCCGUGAAGGCGGUACCGGUCGCCAGCUGGCCCGGAACCUUCGCGGCCUAUCGGCGGAGCACUACGCAAGGUACACGACAGAGCUCACAGUCUACCGAGAGGGUGUCAAAGCCUACGAGCAAUACGACCAGGGCAUUGGAAAGCUGGAAGUCUGGGUCCGGGAGCAUGCCAGCUGCGAACCGUACCUAGGCCUGUUUUCCCGGGAAGCUCAAAUCGACCUUCGGAAGCAUUACGAGAGGGUCAAGGAAUACACAAGGAAGAUGGGGACCUGGGCUCAAGAGUGGGGGAUCCUCAUGACGAGGGCUACCGAAGCGAAGGUCCCUGAGGCUGUCACGAUGACAACAUGGUUCGAAGACUUCAUCGCGGCCCUCUCGAGGGUAGCCACAACAGAGGUCUGGGCCACCAACACGCACAUGAACCGCCGUGCCGAUGUGGUCGGAGGAAAGAUAACCUACGGCACCCUCACAACGGAGCUGAGGAAGCACAUCGCUAUGCAGGCUCAGGCCGGGGAAAGAAGGCGCGGCAGCCCCGGAAAGAAGGCACGGCAGCUCCGGAGCACAUCCCGGGACUCCAAGCGAGCCCGUAGCAACACCGACACGAGCAAGCGGCCCCGGUGCGAGGCAGGUACCAUCAGCCACGAACUCGCCCCAUGCUUCUAUGUCUUCCCGGAGGAAGCCCCGGAAGGCUUCUACGAGAACUCUGGCAUCUACGCCUCGGGCACCCUGGCCCGGGAGCACCGAAGCAACUGCCUAACCGCUCUACGGGGGUGA